AUGGCCAAUACUGGGUCCAUUGGCCGACAUGCCACUCCUACGCCUCAAACGAGCCCCAUUAACAAGGGGCGUAAAUUCGUGACUUUUGGAGAGGAGAAUUUGCCCACGUCCUUGGGCAGUGGUCGUUGUGCGACCUUGGUCUCUCAACAUAAAGGUCUUGAAAUCUUAGACCAGGGCAAAGGAUCAACCCCAAAGGCAAAGGUAAAGCCCCCGAGGCCUUGA